GAAAGUGAAAUUAUAAUCACUCCCUUCACGGUUAAGUUUAUCAACCGAUCAAAUCUCUCAAUAUAUAUACACAUAUUUUAUACAUACAUAUAUAUAGUCCAUUCAUUGUGUAUAUCUUAAUAUCAAUCAAUCAAUAUUUAUAAAUAAAUAUAUCCCUUUUCAUUAUAUGAUGAAAGGAAAGGGAAAAGGAAUGUCUCCUCAUUUAGGCAUUCUUUUGUUGGGUUUCUGUUUUGUUAGUCAGUGUUUUGGCAUAAUGGAUCCGGUGGAUUUUUUGGCAUUACAAUCUAUUCGUAAAUCCUUAGAAGACAUGCCGGGUUCUAACUACUUUUCAUCAUGGGAUUUUACUUCCGACCCUUGCAAUUUUGCUGGUGUUUAUUGCGAAGGGGAGAAAGUUGUUGCGCUGAAUUUAGGCGACCCAAGAGCGGGUGCUCCUGGUUUAUCGGGUCGCCUAAAUCCAGCUAUAGGUAAAUUAUCCUCCUUGGCAGAAUUCACCGUUGUGCCAGGGAGGAUAAUGGGCGCAUUGCCCUGGACACUGUCCCAGCUAAAAAACCUUAAGUUUUUAGCGGUAAGUCGUAACUUUAUUUCUCACGAAAUCCCGGCAUCACUUGGUGAGCUACGAAAUCUACGUACGCUUGAUUUAAGCUAUAAUCAGCUUACUGGCAAUAUCCCAUGGGACGUUGCCGGUAUACGAUCCUUAACCAAUGUCAUAUUAUGUCAUAAUCAUCUCGCCGGCUCAAUCCCUUAUUUCGCGUCACAAACACUAACCCGAUUAGACCUUAAACACAACGAUUUAUCCGGUUCGAUUUCCCCAAAUUCCUUACCUCAUUCAUUACAAUACCUUUCUUUAUCAUGGAACCGGUUAUCCGGUCCAAUAGACCAACUCUUACCCAAACUAAACCGGUUAAAUUACCUAGACUUAAGUCUAAACCAAUUUUCUGGAUACAUCCCUGGAUGCAUCUUCACAUUCCCAAUUUCAAAUCUCCAACUUGAAAGAAACCAGUUCACUGGACCGGUCCAACCAGCCGGUUCUGUCACAAUCCAAACCGUUGAUCUAAGUCACAACAUGCUAUACGGUCAAGUUUCACCCCUUUUUGCAACGGUUCAGAAUCUUUACUUAAAUAACAACCGGUUCACGGGUAAAGUUCCAACGGUUUUCGUGGACCGGUUAAUGGCAGGAAGUAUACAACUUUUGUAUUUACAACAUAAUUUUUUGACAGGAAUGCCAAUUAAUCCAAGGGCUAAUAUUCCCAUGAGUAGUUCAUUAUGUUUGCAAUAUAAUUGUAUGAUCCCUCCGGUUCAAACUCCAUGCCCGAUCAAUGCGGGUACCCAGAAGACCCGACCCACUUCACAAUGUAUGGAAUGGAAAGGUUAAUAAUAAGGUUUUUUUUUGUAUUUUUGUUACUUAUAUAGAUAUAUAUAUAUAUAUAUUUAGUAUAAAGUUAUAUAGUAUAACUUUUUUGGUGUGGGGGGUUUGUUUUUAGAUUCAUUUAAUUAAAUUUUGGUGUGGGGAAAACAUGAGAUUAUAUAUCAUCUUGAUUAAUGAUUAUAAUGUAUUUCUUGUGAAUAAAUUUCUCUUUUGCUUA